UAAGAUUUCCCCUCUCUCUCCUAGAUCCCCGCCAUCGCUCGGUCGGAUGGGAGGGGGCCUUUGUUCAAACAUAGUUCAAUGUUACGUUGCCAAGCACGGUCAAGUUGGAAUUUCUCUGCCGUCCCUCACUGCAAUGACGAUGGGAAGAAACUCGCUCCAAUGGAUUUCAGCGAUUUGCAUGAUAUACUUAGUGUCAGGGGAAGGUUGCUCCCUGGUCCUCAAGCCCGCCAGAGUGGUGGUGAAGUUCGGGGAGCCCGUGUCAGUCACAUGUGAAGCCGCCCGUCGACCUCGAGUACUGGGUUGGGAAUCAACAGUCGGCGCAGCCCAUACCCAGCAGGACCUCUCGGUCCAGUGGAAGGCAGACAGCCUUAUCGAUUGGAUAGAGGAGCCUAUCUGUUAUGGAGUAUUUUCCACUGCCCCCAGGCAGUGUGAGGAGAAGCUCAACCUGGUCCUCUACAAAACCCCCGACAGCGUCUCUAUCCGCUUAGUGAACCACACUGGCUCCAUGAAGGAAGGCAAGGAGUACCAGCUUCUCUGCGAGGUGCAGAACAUCGCUCCUGUCCAGUACUUAGUGCUGAGGUGGUACAGGGACCAGACAGAGGUCUAUCACAGUGCCUUCACUGAACUCACACAAUCCUCUCCGGUGCAAGUCUCCUCCAUUCUCUUGAUAACUCCAACCAGAGCGGACAAUGGAGCCCAGUACAGGUGCGUGGCCGAGCUGGACCUUGGACCAGAGGGGCCCCAGCUGGCUCCUACAGUCUCCUCCGGCUCCCUGAAUGCCUCCGUACACUAUCCCCCAGACUUUCUCAGUCCGGAGCCAGAGAUGCUGGACCUGGUAGUGGGGGAGGAGGUCACCCUAAAUUGCAGUGCCACUGGGUACCCUACGCCCAUAUACAGUUGGCUGUCAGCCCAUACCCUGCAGGAGACCCUGACGGAUGAAGCCAUCAUCACGUCCUCUUCGCUGCUCCCUGGUACCUACACAUGCACUGCCUCCAAUAGGCUCGACAGCAAGAGCAAGCGCUUUCUGCUCAAGGCCAGAUCUAAAGGUGUGUAGAAAACUAGAUCCUGUGAAUGCGAUGGCAGCCAAGAAGAACAUUGAGAGUAUGAGAAGUAUUCUUCAGGGGAGAAAAUAUGUGUCUUCCAGGGAAGGGGUGCCUUGAAAACUCAAAGGAUAUUUGGGGGGUCUUAGCACGGAGAAUCACAGGUCACUUAAAGCGCAGAAGGUGAAGCAACUCAUCAAGGAGUUGUUAUUCCCUUGUAACAGAUGUGUUUUAUUUGAAUAUAGAUGUUCUCAAACCUAAUUUGUAGUUUUAAGAUAUAUUGCAUCUUUUAUUUUUUGACAAAGAAAUGCUCUUUAAGACUAUUAAAAACUAUAUUACUUACCUUGCUAGACAAAAAGAUAAUCUAUCUGACCUACAAAUAUAUUUAAUGUCUAAAAUAAUAUUAUUUGUUUUUUUUCUGUUUAAAAAUUUGUAUAGAUAAUACAAACAAGUGAUAGUUAAUCCUUUAGAGCAUUACUCACCAUUAUAGUUAGAAAAGUAUAAGCGUGUGGAGGUAUAACAGUGCCAAAUGACCUCAAUGUAAAAUGGCAUGUUGAAUUAGUAAAAACUUAAUAAAAACAUAGCACAAUAACAAGGCUUGAAUAUUUGCAAUGUCUGCAUUUUAAUUUGAUGCUUGAAAUUUUUUAUUGUUGAAUUUGGUUGAUAAAAUACCAUCUUCAUUAUUCUGCAGGUAAAAUGUAUUUCAACCUUGCAAAUUCAGGUUUAAAUUCAGCUAGAAAAUGCUGUCUUAAUAUUCACCUUCCGGGUAUCACAGAAAGAGCAACAGAUUGCCAAGAAAAUAACUGAAAGUGGCUUGAACCGUAAAUUUGAACUUAGAGCUUGGUUCAUCUUGUGGCUUCCACUGUCUGACAAUCCCAUCCCUACCACUCCCAUAACCACCAGAGCUUGGAGCAUGCUCUGCCUCCAAGCGUAUGUGUAAGUGUGUCUGCAAUCCAUUGCUCUUCCUUUGCUGGCAUGUUCAAUUUAAUAUUACUUGCCAAAUAAUUAAGAUAGUAAUUUAACAAAUUCAACAACAGAAAUAUUUCUAGCAUCAGAUGCAUGCAAUGCAGAAAAAUCAAAGCAUUGUUUUUGGGUGACGUUUUAUUAAAUUAAUGGAAUUCAACAUGCCAUUUGCAUUGAGGACACUUGGCAAUAUUAUACUUGAACAUAAGCAUCAUUAAUACUUUUGUUUUGUUGGUUUUCUCCAAUCAAAUAUAGAAAGUACAACACACAACAUGAGUGGUUUGUAAUCUAGCAAAUAUACAUUGACAAUGCAAGUGUCAACAUUUGUUCUGUUUCUGGAAAAAUGCUAUGUUUGUAUUUCAUUUGUUUUUAAUUAAUUUAAGCCUGGAUUUACUUGCUUCACCAUGUCCUGGACAGGCCUACAGCUGCUACUUACCGACUUCAUCCUGGAACCAUCUGAGCCAUAUUGGACAAAUAGGGUCCAAAUUGAUUCAUUAUUUAUAUCCCUUUGCUCCAUGACCUGGCCACCUCUGAUACUUCUGAUUAGAUUAUUAAAUGCACACGUACAGUAAGAGUUAUUUUUUGUCCACUGGCCAGGACCAGCUUAUUUGUUUCAUCAAUGACAUUUCCUGUAAAUCAACUACGAACCAUGUUUCCCAAUUAAAAUGAACUCAUGCUAACAUGGAACAUUUGCAUCUAUUUAAAUUAAUAUUCUACUUUAAAAUAUGUCAAAGGAAUAUUGCAUAUUUAUUCUAAGAUGUUCUGUUUUAUUUAUCUUCUUUUUCCCCCCUAUUUCAUACAUUUAACCAUACCUUUACUACAGUGUGAUGCUUUCUUGGUCGUUUUUGACUUGGAAUCUUUUUUUUUUUUAGACUUUUUCGACUAAAGUACAAAGGUUUUUUUUUAUAAAUAAAGUUCACUAACUUUCUUUCAGCAAACAUGUCGUGGUGUACUUACUCUAUCGGCCACCAUAUGUCGCAAUCGAGAAAAUGAUUUGCCAUUUGUAAAGUACAUUCAUUGGUUAGAUGGUUCGGUCACGUGACCAAAACAGGAAGUGUAAUGGGAUAGUCGGAAAGUACUUCUAGGUUGUUUUUGUGUUCGUUUCUUGAACCUAAAAGUUACCUUUGUCAAAGGGCCAUCCGUUUAUAAAGAAACAUGCCAGCGAAAGACCCGUGUCAAAAGCAAGCAUGUGCAAUUCAAACGUGUUUGCAAGCAAACAAAUAUGUCGAAAGUAUGUGUGAGGAUGUGCUAAGGGAAAUGCGACGAUGCUGCCAGAGUCUGUCUGCCGACCGUGUGUCCGUUUGUUGCAGCGGGUUUUCAAGAGACCAGAAUACUACAAAGAAUCAAACGACUACUUUAUAAGAAUUAUGUAGAUGUCAUUGCAUUUUAUAUUACAAUACAAUCGGAGUAAUCAUGUAUUUAUGUUAUUACAUUUAUUUGGAGGAGAUACUGUUUUGGUUGGUGUACCUAAAUGAAUAAACGUGCAAGCACUGGUUGUAGCCUA